AUGCAGAACUUGCUAACCAUCGAUGAUUUCCAUCAAAAAGCAAUUUCUCUUUUGCCGAAACUAUCCAGAGAUUAUUAUGAAAGUGGAUCAGAUGAAGAAAAAGCAUUGAGGAGGAAUCGGAGAGCUUUUUCAAGGCUUUUGAUUCGUCCAAAAUGUCUUGUUGAUGUCUCCAAAAGCGAUACAAAUUGUGAAUUUCUUGGUAAAAAAUUUAAAAGUCCAAUUGCUGUUGCGCCAACAGCUUUCCACAAAUUGUGUCAUCCACGCGGAGAAUUGGCGAGUGUUGAAGGAAUUUCUCGUUUUGGCGGUCUAAUGAUUUGCUCAUCAUGGGGCACAACUCCGCUUGAGGAGAUCGCCGAGAAUCGCGGAGAUGCCACUUUGUGGUUUCAACUUUACGUAUACAAAGAUCGACCGACCACCGAGGCCUUGAUUCGAAGAGCGGAAAAUGCCGGAUUCGAGGCCCUUGUUUUAACAGUGGACACUCCCGUUCUUGGACGACGAUUGGCCGAUAAAAGAAACGCUUUCACUCUACCACCACCACUAAAAUUUGCAAACAUGGUGGCGACAAAUGACUCGAAGGUGCACAUGCCAAAGGUGCCAAUCGGCGAUUCGGGUCUUAUGGCAUAUGUUUCAUCUCAAAUCGAUCAAUCGCUCAAUUGGGAUUCGUUGAAAUGGCUUGUUGGAUUUUCUCGUCUUCCUGUCAUUGUCAAAGGAAUCAUGAGAUCUGAUGAUGCAUUGAAAGCACUGCAAUGUGGAGCUAAAGGGAUCAUUGUCUCCAAUCACGGAGGACGACAGAUGGAUUGUGCGCCGGCAACGAUUGAAGCGUUACCCGAAAUCGCAAAGGUAGCGGGACAAAUUCCUGUUUUUCUUGAUGGAGGCAUUCGAAAUGGACGAGAUGUUUUUAAGGCUCUCGCUCUCGGCGCUUCGGGGAUCUUUAUCGGCCGGGCGAUUCUCUAUGGGCUCACCGUUGGAGGCGCUGAUGGAGUGGAAAGGGUACUGGAUAUUCUCCAAGAAGAGUUCGAGCAUUGCAUGAAGUUGGCUGGUUGUCAAAGCAUUGCUGACAUCCGCAACACUCCUCAAAUCGUCGUCUCAUCGUCACACUACUCGAAACUA